AUGCAGAAAAUCUUGGAAAGCUUAAAAGUAUCAACAACUAUCGCUCAAGCUCAAUGGGUAGAACGAAAACCACAGGACGCUUAUUUUGCUGAAGCCGAAGUUUUUGGAAAAAGGAUUAAUGUGAUGAUCUAUACAGGAGCUGUUGGAUGCAUCAUCACUAAAAAAGCUUCUACCAAUAUCCAAAUUGUUAGUGUUACUGGAGCGAAAACUGCACCAUUAGGAAAAAUGUUCAAAGUUGGCGUUAAAAUAGGAAAAUUUGAAAUUAAAGAAGAUAUGAUUGUAACAGAAGCAUCAGGAUAUAAUGUUCUACUUGGAAAUGAUUGGAUCACUAACCAAGCAAAAGCAAUUAUCAAUACUGAGAAACAAAUCAUGAUAAUAAAGCAAAAUAAAGAAAUUGAUACUGUUCCAAUUACCUGCUUUACAAAAAUAAAUCCUGAAAUUCUAUCACCAAUAGAUUUCUUUGAGGAAGAAUAUGACGAAUUAGAACUUGAGGAUAUAGAAGGAGAACCUCAGCAUUAUCUAAAUGUAUCUUUAGAAGAAAAUAUAGCAAUCAUUAAUCAUCAACGAUAUCCAACUGAAUUUUUGGAAUUUAGCGGUCUUGAAUUUCAGAGAACUGAUAAAUAUUGGAAGGGACCAGGACGAUGCCUUUGUAAACCAUUGCAAAAUAAUGAAAAGUGUUCAUUUUGUCAUAAAUUAUAUGAAGAUCUUGAAGAUUAUCGAGUUGCUAAAGCCCAAAUAGAGGAAGAUGACGAAUUAAUAGAAAUAACAAAAGGAAAAGAUGCACCAAUUGGAAGUCUAACGAAUGUACAAAGGACGCAACUUCAACAACUACUCACUAAAAACAAAGAUCUCUUCGCUAAUGACAAAUCUGAAUUAACUCAAACAAAUGUUGCUCAACAUUCUAUUAUUACUGAAAAUGAUGCAUUAAUGGAAAGAUUAUUUAAGAUAAUCAAUCAAUUGGAAGAUGAUCGACAAAUUGCACUAAAUCAAAUUAAGGAGGACCAACGAAAACAGAAGGAUCGACAUGAUAUUAGUGCAACAGCUGAACAAUUUAAAAUUGGAGAUAAAGUAUUAGUGGAACGCACAUGGUUGAAAAAUAAUUUCUCAGCUAAAUUAGAGGAACGUUGGAUGGGACCAUAUUUUGUACAUAAUGUACAAGGCAAAAAUUAUAAAUUAAGAAAUAUGGAUGGAAGAUUG